AUGGUCAAAUGUGAAGAAGCGAAGACACAGGAUCUACGGAUUCAGUGGACUGACGUCGACGUUGAAGCUGCGCCAAGGCAACCUCCACUUCACCGUUCAAAUUCGAGCUUUUCUAUCAGCAGCAUACAUAGCAGAAGAGGUUCCAUAGAUCCAUCAUCCGCUCUCCCAAUCGAAUAUCGCACAGUCUCUUACCAAAUCGCCGAGAGCAAAGAAAAAGGUGCAGCAGAGAUACAAAAAGCAAAGAGUUCUAUUGCAAGAGAAUUUGAAACAAUCGACUGGCACAUAUUAUCUCCCAACGAAAUAUACACUCGUCUAUCCGUCUCUCCUAGUCAAGGUCUCUCAGUAGAUCAAGUCAAACGAAGACUCGGCGAAUAUGGCAAGAACAUGCCAUCCCCUCCGCCGACACACUACUUCCAACAGAUAUUUGGGUAUUUCUUCAAAGGUUUCGGAGCUAUUCUCUUGGUCGGUUCUAUUCUCGUGUUUGUAUCGUGGAAACCUCUCGGUCAACCACCCUCGACUGCGAACUUGGCACUUGCGAUCGUUCUUUUGGCAGUAUUUUUUAUUCAGGCAGGCUUCAACGCAUGGCAAGACUGGUCUUCAUCUAGGGUUAUGGCCUCAAUCACGACCAUGCUUCCUGAUAGUUGUUUGGUCCUUAGGGACGGGGCACAGAUAACUGUCGUGGCAAGUGAGAUCGUCCCUGGUGAUAUCCUCUACAUCAAAUCUGGGAAUAAGUUGCCAGCUGAUGUAAGGUUUGUUGAGAUUUCAUCUGAUGCGAAGUUUGAUCGAUCUAUUCUUACCGGGGAGUCACUUCCACUGCCCGGCACUGUCGACAGCACUGAUGAGAAUUACCUUGAAACAAAGUGCAUUGGCAUGCAAGGAACACAUUGCAUAUCUGGCAGUGGUAUCGGAGUAGUCGUAUCUACGGGUGACGAUACUGUGUUUGGCAGGAUUGCAAAACUGACCAACACACCAAAGACUGGCCUUACUCCCUUGGAAAAAGAAAUCUUCAACUUUGUGCUUUUUAUAUGUUCUAUCAUGUUCACCAUGAUCCUUAUUGUGAUCAUCGUCUGGGCUGCCUAUCUACGCCGAAAACACCCAGACUGGAUCAAUGUCCCAACAUUGAUCGUUAACUGUGUCUCUGUGGCUAUUGCAUUUAUACCUGAGGGUCUUCCGAUUGCCCUGACUGCUUCCUUGACCAUUACUGCAAAUGUUAUGCGACAAAACAAAAUUCUUUGCAAAUCUCUGAAGACUGUGGAAACCCUCGGAUCUGUCAGCGUUAUUUGUUCUGAUAAAACGGGAACCCUCACGAAAAACAAAAUGUACGUUACUGAAACCAGCAUCGGAACUCAUAAUAUGACACCUGAAUCGGCAAGAGAUGAAAUGAUAAAACGUCGCCAUGAAGGGAAUGGUGUUAAUGCUGUUGACCAAUUACGAGCAAUUGCAGGCCUCUGCAACUCAGGGGAAUUUGAUGCGGCAUCACAACACCUCCCUCUUCAUGACCGUAAGAUUAACGGAGAUGCUACCGAUCAAGCUGUUUUAAGACUAUCAGAAUCUCUAGGAUCCGUCUCGGAGCUUCGAAGAAUGUGGAAGAAAACAUUCGAACUUGCAUUCAACAGCAAAAAUAAGUAUAUGAUUAGAGUAUUGGCUCUAGCAGAGGAAGAAGGCCUGAAAUUGGCUUUACCGUCUACCGAAGCCGCUACCUUCCGUCCUGAUGAUAUUCUUCUGACUAUUAAGGGAGCACCGGAUGUCUUGAUAGGCCGAUGCUCUAAGUAUAUAUCUAUUGAUGGUGAGACCAAGGUUCUCGACGAUGCUACACGUACCACCAUCGAAAAGAUCAAGAAUACAUGGUCAUCCCAAGGCAAGCGGGUGAUUCUUCUGGCACGAAAGGUAAUUUACAAGGAGACUAUGGUAGCUGCGCCUGCAUCUGCCGAGUUCGAAGAUGAAGUGAUGCAUCAUGCUAAAUCAGGCCUUACACUGGUCGGCAUUGUUGGUAUUGUAGAUCCGCCUCGUGACGAGAUCCCAUAUGUUGUAUCGACGCUCCGCGGUGCGGGUAUCAGAAUAUUCAUGGUUACUGGAGACUUCGCUCUCACAGCCCAAGCCAUUGCAGCUGAAUGUGGCAUUAUCACAGCCCCACCACAUAUGGUUAACAACAUCUCCGCUCUUUCCAGAGAUGGCAUCAGCCCAACUACUGUAUCCGACGAUGAGAAGAAAAUCGAGGAGUAUUCCAACUCCACUACGUCUUCAAUUGUUCUAAGCGGCCCUGAAUUGAUAACCCUCAACGACAAUCAGUGGGAUCAGUUAUGCAAAUAUGACGAGAUAGUCUUCGCUCGCACAACCCCAGAGCAGAAGCUCCGGAUUGUGAGGGAAUUUCAAUCUCGCAGUGAGAUUGUUGGUAUGACCGGCGACGGCGUUAAUGAUGCCCCUUCUCUCAAGGCUGCCGAUAUUGGUAUUGCUCUUGGAAGCGGUUCGGAUAUCGCUAUUGAAGCAGCUGACAUGGUACUCUUGGAGUCCUUCGGUGCAGUUGUGCAGGCUGUUCAGUAUGGCAGGGUAGUAUUUGACAACUUGAAGAAAACGAUUGCAUACUUGCUUCCGGCCGGUUCCUUCUCGGAGUUCUGGCCUGUUAUGACUAGUGUCAUCUUUGGACUACCGCAAGUCCUGUCUUCUUUCCUGAUGAUUAUUAUCUGCUGCUUCACAGAUUGUGCUGCCGCAACCGUCCUUGCAUACGAAGCUCCAGAGGCCGAUGUCCUUCUCCGCAGGCCCCGCAAACCCGGCGUCGACCGCCUUGUGGACUGGAAACUACUGCUGCAAUCGUACGGCGCAGUCGGAAUCUUCGAAACCACGAUGUCUUUCACCAUGUCCUAUUGGUAUCUCCAACGGAACGGCAUCCGAUUCAGCUACCUCUGGUUUGGCUACGGUAAUCUACCCCCAACCAUCGACCAGGCUGAAUCUACCUCCCUUCUCAACGAAGCCUCCAGUAUAUACUUUGUCAACCUCGUCGUCAUGCAGUGGUUCGCCCUAAUGGCUCUCCGCACCCGCCGGCUCAGCAUCUUCCAACACCCACCGGCAUUCAACAAAGCAACACAAAACCUGUACCUGUUUCCAGCUAUAGCAUUUGCCCUCGUUAUGGCCAUCUUCUGGCUCUAUAUCCCGAAGCUGCAGGAGGUGCUCGCCACGAGCCGAGUCCCGGCAGAACAUUUCUUCCUACCGGUGGCAUUUGGGUUGGGUCUUCUCUUCCUAGAUGAGGCGAGAAAGUGGGCUGUGCGUAGGUGGCCUCGGGGGCUGCUGGCUAAGGUAGCUUGGUAGUGGUCUCCUUAUAGAUAAAAAGAUGGGUAGUACGUGAGGAACU